GUCGGCUUUCGCUUUCACGUUCACGUUCAGAUCCCUCCAGCACAAAUUCAGUCGCAGGGCGAACUCGACGUACAUCUCCGAGCAGGUGAAGCUCGCGCUCGCUCAUCUCCGCGCUCUCCUCCACCGGCCGGUGCGCAUUUUCGCCGUCGCCCGGCUCAGAUCGCGUCCUCCUCUUCGCAGCUUGCGCUUCGGUUUCCGCUCCGCGAGAUUGGUCGCCGAUCCUCUCUCCGGGGCUCCGAUUUCGGUGCCAGGAUACUUACAUCUGCCAAGCUUCAUCAUAACCUUCAGGCCCCGAUAUUUUAGCAGCGUUUUGCUGUCCAAGCAAUGAAUUUUCUGCUGCGGCCCUCACCAACUGUUGCUGCCGAACAACCGAGUGUCAACGGAAGCAAUACCGACAUGCAUAAAAUGUCAAGACCUGUGGCGACUUUAGAGGGUCUGAUAGCUGAAGAUUCGUUUCCACCGUUUGAUAGCGCUGAGGAUUCUGGCGGGGAGGCUGCUAGAUAUGAGGAUGUGAGCAUUGUCGGUUCAGGUACAAGCAGUGAUGCUUCUCUCCUGGGGAGCCAUUCAGAUGUUUCUGAAGAAGAAGGAUGGAUAACCAUACCGUCCAAAAAACUCGCCGAGAAUUGGAUUGAUGCUCAAGAUGUACAUUCAUUGCGCUCUUUGGACCGUUCUUUUGUUUUUCCAGGUGAACAGAUUCAUGUGUUGGCAUGUUUGUCAGCAAAUGAGCAGGAUACUGAAAUUAUUACUCCCUUCAAAGUUGCUGCCGUUAUGAGUAAAAAUGGUAUUGGACAGAGUGGCAGAAAGGUGAAUGGACUUCUUGGGGAUGGCAUGGAUGCAGUGUCGGAUAAUGCAGAAGUGCAUGCAGAUGGUCAAGAUAUAGAGCAGAAUGGCGUAAACCAAUUAAAAGGGAAUUCUGAUGCUCAAAAGGACUUUACUGCUGGUGAAUCUCUGCUUAGAAUGGAAGACCAAAAACGAAAGACAGAAACGUUACUGCAGAAAUUCAAAAGUUCUCAUUUUUUUGUCAGGAUAGCUGAGUCAAAUGAGAUGCUUUGGUCAAAGAGAGGAGCUCAUAAGACGUCUUCUCACACUUCUGUCAAGGAAGAUCAGAGUUCUACCGCAAAUGAGAGCAGCAUUGCAAAAGAUAUGUCACGGCUCAAUGCAAUUAUAGAUAAAGGGAAUUUUGAUGCCAAUGUCUGUGGUGGAGUGGCAAGGAAUACCGUUCAAUGUCAUUCUCUUGCUAAUGGGGAUGUAGUGGUUCUUCUCCAAGUGAAUGUUGGCGCUAAUUUGUCGGAAGAUCCUGUCCUCGAGAUUCUUCAAUUUGAGAAGCAUCAGACCAAAAAUGUGUCUUCCCAUAGCAGGGAUGAUGUCUUUCAUGCAAAUCAGGAACCUUGUGGAGAGCUAUUGACUUGGUUGCUUCCCUUGGACAAUACUCUUUCUCCACCAGCUCGUUCGUUAUCUCCCCCACCUUUAAUUACCAAUCCUGGAAUUGGCAGUACAUCUCAAAGGCCCAACCUUGCAGGCACCUCUGGCUCUCAGCUCUUCUCUUUCGGCAAUUUUAGAAGCUACUCCAUGUCUGCAAUUCCCCAAACUACUGCACCACCACCGGCACCUGUCACAACGCCUAGCUCUAAGCCCAAAUUUGAACUUGAAGAUUGGGAUCGGUUCUCAUACCAAAAAUUUGUGAAGAACCAAAAGACUGAUAAAGAGGAGCUUUUAUCUUUUAGAGGUGUCUCACUGGAACCGGAGAGGUUUUCUGUUUGUUGUGGGCUAGAAGGUGUAUAUAUACCAGGAAGAAGGUGGAGGAGGAAACUUGAAAUUAUUCAACCCAUUGAGAUUCACUCUUUUGGUGCUGACUGCAACACUGAUGAUCUCCUUUGUGUGCAGAUAAAGAAUGUUUCUCCAGCACAUGUACCAGAGGUUGUGGUGUAUAUAGAUGCUAUAACAAUUGUGCUUGAGGAGGCCGUGAAAGGUGGACCCCCACUAUCCUUGCCCAUUGCAUCUAUUGAAGCUGGAGAUGAGCAUAGUUUGCCAAAUCUAGCUCUCAGGAGAGGUGAAGAGCACUCUUUCAUUCUUAAACCAGCAAUUUCUGCAUGGAAGAGGUUUAGUGCUCAGGAUCGAAAAGGUACUCAGUCGUCACAGCUUAUGGGCGGAACCGCAUCAACUCUGCGUGUUUCCUCUAAAAUUAUAGAAGGGAAGAGUAGUCCUUCAGCAUCCGAUCACUAUGCAGUAAUGGUAUCAUGUCACUGCAACUACACUGAAUCAAGAUUAUUUUUCAAGCAGCCGACAAGUUGGCGACCUCGUAUCUCGAGGGAUAUUAUGAUCUCUGUUGCUUCUGAGAUGUCAAGAGAAUGUCCUGGACCAAAUGGUGUGGUCCCGCAGCUUCCCGUGCAGGUUCUAACACUCCAGGCCUCAAACUUGACAUCAGAAGAUCUAACUAUGACAAUUCUUGCACCAGCUUCAUUUACUUCACCUCCUUCUGUACUCUCUUUGAAUUCCUCGCCCACGUCACCUAUCAGCCCAUUUUUAGGGCUUUCUGAAGUUGCUGGAAAAUACAGCAGCCACGCACAUGGCUCUACAGUGCAGAAGUCAAGUGUAGUGGCUCCUUCAUUAGAAAAUAAGAGCGACGUUCACAGUGAAACCAAAUUAGUAUCUUUAAAUGAGCAGGCUUCCCCAGUAUCAGAUGCUAUUUCAACUUCCGGUUUCGGUUGCACACAUUUAUGGCUGCAUAGUAGAGUUCCAUUGGGGUGUGUACCCUCUCAAACAACGGCAACCAUCAAACUUGAAUUACUUCCUUUGACUGAUGGUAUUAUUACGUUAGAUACUCUGCAGAUUGAUGUGAAGGAGAAAGGUCUUACGUACAUUCCAGAGCACUCACUGAAGAUAAAUGCCACUUCCAGUAUUUCCACGGGGAUUAUUUAGAAUCCAUAUACUACAGACGGUUAUUCUUUCACACCCCUUAUAACCGAGUGAGAAAAUUCAAGAUUCGGCGCCAAGCCAUCAGGUAGUUGCAUGGCGUGUUCACGCUCUCGACGUGUAGCCUGAUAUGUGCCUCCUUGUUCCAUUGGUGCUUCGGAUGGUGUGUCGCUGCGUUGAAUUGAAUAUGAAAAUGAGUGCAUUUUGGAUGUAUCGCUUGGGAUCACGAGUUGUAUAGCAGGAUAUGAGGAGAAAAGCAUUCUUUGUAAUACCCCAUGGUGGGAUGGGACUUGGCAUUGUAGAUGAUGAACUUGAGAGUGCGUGGAUAGUUACCUCAUUGCAGUAAUAUCUCUGAGAGACAGAAUGACAAAUAGCAAAGAAUACUCGAUUCUUGCCGUUCGGCUUCGAA